UUCAACCCGGACACAUUUGUUGACGUGACGUCAAUGUCACAUAAACUCUGUAUAUCAGUAUUGACCUCACUUAUCUAGUCUACUUGACUGUUUUUGUUUCUUACUAGUUUCAAAAUUAUUGUGUAUUUUUCUUCAAAAACGUCUUUAAUUUUGGUUCUUUGGAGCCACUUGAAUUCGCGGCCUGGAUCCAAAAGGAGGACAAGAUGCGCCUCACGUUGCAAAUGUUGAUCUCCCAUGGCCGAGUGGGCAGACAAAUGGGGAUGGGGCCCAAAUCCCGCAUGGACAUUCUGCGGAACAUCCUGACGGGGUUGGUCCGGCAUGAGAGGAUAGAAACCACGGCGGCCCGGGCCGAUGAAGUCCGCUUCUACGCCGAGAAGCUGAUUGACUACGCUAAAGCCGGAGACACGGAUGAGAAGGCGAUGAAAAUGGCCACUUUCUGGCUGACUGAGAAGGAUCUGGUCCCCAAGCUCUUCAAAGUCCUCGCUCCGCGGUUCGAGCCCCACAGCAGCGCCUACACGCGCAUGGCUCGCAUCCCCAACAGACAGAACCUGGACCGGGCCCGCAUGGCCGUGCUGGAGUACAAAGGCAACCCUUUACCUCCUCUUUACCCCGUCAAGAAAAGGAACGAACUGACUCUCGUCAACCAGCUGCUCAGAGCCUACAAGGAGGAGAAGGCACAGUCAGCAGCAAAUCCUCACUAAUUCUUCCAUAGAACUACCAAAACGUGAGCGGACUAUUACACACAUUAACAAAUAUCUCCUUGUCAUUGUCUCCGUAUUUUGCCAAACCUUGGUGAAAACCUGAUCAGGAAUAAAAGCAGGAAAAGGAAACUUGCUUGCUUCGUCCUCACGGUGGCGCCAAAAGUCCUGAACCACCUGAAAUGUGUUUUCUUAAAAGAAUUACCACAAAGAAGGCUUGCCCAAGACUAGCGUUUCAGAAAAAUGUCAUCAAAUGAUAUUUUUAUUAACCUAAACUACCGUAUUUUCCUGAGUAUAAGUCGCACCGGCCGAAAAUGCGUAAUAAAGAAGGAAAAAAACAUACAUAAGUCGCAUUUUUUGGGGGAAUAUAUUUGGUAAAAGCCAACACCAAGAAUAGACAUUUGAAAGGCAAUUUAAAAUAAAUAAAGGCUGAAUAAGUGUACGUUAUAUGAGGCAUAAAUAACCAACUGGUAUGUUAACGUAACAUAUAAUGGUAAGAGUCAUUCAAAUAACUAUAACAUAUAGAACAUGCUAUACGUUUACCAAACAAUCUGUCACUCCUAAUCACUAAAUCCCAUACGUCUAGUCGAGGGGUCGGGAACCUUUUUGGCCGAGAGAGCCAUGAAAGCCAAAUAUUUUAAAAUGUAUUUCCGUGAGAGCCAUAUCAUAUAUUUUAACACUGAAUACAACUAAAUGCGAGCAUUUUUAAGUAAGACCAACAUUUUAUAUUAUAAUACAUCUCUUAUUCUUUUUAAUAACAUUGUUAUUCUGAAGCUAACCAAUAAUAAGGAAAAUACUUUUUACCAUUAAUGCGACUUCUUGAACAGGUGCGGUAGAAAACGGAUGGAUGGAUUAAAAUGCAUGAGAAUGUUUUAUAUUUUGAACGUUAUUUUUAACACUGUGAUUGCCAGCGGAAUUAUGUAUUACUUAUCGUGUUAAGCAACAUCGGCUAAGAUUUAUCUGAGAGCCGGAUGCAGUCAUCAAAAGAGCCACAUCUGGCUCGAGAGCCAUAGGUUCCCUACCCCUGGUCUAAUCUCUUACAUAGACUUAGACUUAGACAAACUUUAAUGAUCCACAAGGGAAAUUUUUCAACACAGUAGGUCAGUUACAAGGAUGGAAAGGACAAUGCAGGUAUAAAUAGACUAAUAUAGCUAUAAAAAAAUCUUAACAUAUAUACGAAUAUAUACAUAUGUGUAGAGAGUAAUUUAUAUACAGAUAUAUUAUAUUGUCUAUAACAUAUAUACAGUAUAAACCAAUGACCAUGUACAAUAUUACAGUAUAUACAGUCUAAAUGACAGCAGCAGCAUAAAAUAGAGAGUAGGUCCAGCAGGAAAUAGAAAAUAGACAUUAUAAACAAAGAGAAGUAGCUAACAUGUCAGGUGUCAUGAAUGAGCUAAAUAAUAUUAUUUGUUUUUUUGCGGUAAUGUGUUAAUAAUUUCACACAUAAGUCGCUCCUGAGUAUAAGUCGCACCCCCCGCCAAACUAUGAAAAAAACUGCGACUUAUAGUCCGAAAAAUACGGUUCAUUGAAAAAUAUUUUUUGUCCCUUUUUUUUUCUUCCAUUGGACAGGAGUGUUUUAGAUGCCUUAAUGCAGUUAUAAUCAUAUAGUGGGGCGGGAAACCAUGCCACCCAUGUGACACAGGUGGACGUGCUUUAUCAGUAUCACGCGUCAAACCCCGCUUCGAGAGGCUGUGCUCAUUGCAUCCUGACUUCAUUUUCAAUAAAAAAUAAAAUCAUCACAUUGUUUUUUCCAUUGUUUUCUAUAUAAUGCUUGUGAUAGAGUACCGUAUUUUUCGGACUAUAAGUCGCAGUUUU